AUGCGCUGCUCCGCCCUCUGCGUCGCGCCCUUCGCGGUUGCCGUCUACGCUCAAAGCUCGUCCUCGUCCUCCUCGGCCGAACCCACCACGACCGGACCCACUGUUCGUUUCAUCCAUCUCCAUGCGUUCAUCGGCAUCUGCACGCAUGGGUUAGAUCGGCGCAAUCGCUGACAGCGUAACCAGGUGGUCCCAGAGAUCUCUGGCUCCGUGACCAUUAGCAGCACCUACACCUACUCCAAUACCCUCACCAACUUCCUGAGCAUGACCAACAGCCUUGGUGUUGUUACUGGAAUGCCAACUCUCGCCGGCGCCGCGACUGGCAUCACCACGCAGCCAGCCUUGGCCACCAUUCCCGCCGGCCUUCCCACCGGAAUCAACACGGUCUACAUUGGAAACGGUUCUUCCCUUUCCUCCUUCUCUGUCAGCGUUGGAACCUCCACUACAGUCGUCAUCGGCGGUGCUGUCCAAAGCGGUGCAACAAUUGUGUCCGGCUCGGCCAGCGUCGCAACUGCUUCUGGAACCUCGGGCUCUAACUCCAACUCCAACCCGGGCGCGUCUAGUGGUAUGUUUUUUGAACCUUUGCCACACAAUUAGGACUCCCGAGAUCAGCUCUCUUCGUAGAAGAGACUCGCACCAAACCUUGUGCAAGUGCUAUGCGCCCAUGUGCUAACAAGAUCAAUUGUAGGCGCCUCGGCCUCGAAAUCCGGUACUGCGACAGGCACCUCGAGCUCGACUAGCGCCACAUCUUCUGGUGCAGCUGACAAUGUGAAGAUCGCCUCUGGCGCCGUUCUUGGUCUCGGAGCUCUCUUCGCUGCGCUCCUGUAA